UCUUUAGUUGCCUAUUUCGGAAAAUAUGCUGCCUAAUUUUUCUCAGAACUUUUCUUUUCAGGCUUAGAAGGAUAGAACAAAUGCUGGAAGGCGAACCGAGGGGAAACUGGCUGGUUUUAGGACCCUGUGAAAGAGAUAGCUUGCAGAGAAGCCUAAAACUUCCCCAGCAUUUCUGAGAGCUAGUUGCUUAUUCAUUCAGAGCAGGAACCAAACCAUCCAGCAACUGAGAUCCACCAACUUCCUUUGCAAGCAGGCAAUGUAAAAAAGAAAAGAAAGAAAGAUCCAACACACAGAAGACCAAAGUCAAGAAAAACUUUUAAGGUUCUUCUCUCUUCUCUUCUCUCUUCCCUCUUCUCUCUCUCUCCCUCUCUCUCUCUCUCUCUCUCUCUCUCUCUCUCUCUGUAUCGUUCUCUCUCCCCUUUGCUCCGCAGCCUCAUUCUUUGCAGGCUUUUCUUUUCCUCCAAGAUGAAAUUUGCUGAGAACUCCUGGGGCAUCUUAGCAGAAGCGAGGAAUGGACAGCGUUGAGAUCGGCUUGCUAAGGGAAGCGGAGAAGGGGAGAAGCCAGUCCUCACAACUCGGCCCCUGGGCUGUUUCACGGAGCUGUUUUUCCUGCCCUGACAAACAUCCACCAAGGUCAACCCUCUUGAUCUCAGCCUCAUCAUGACAGCUCACGGCUUCUGGGACCUCUGGGUAUUGAUGGGUUCUGCCGCAUUUCUGCUGGUCCGCGGACAAAACCCACAACAGGGCAAUGCGGACAAUGGUCACUGGAGGCAGAUGAUCCAGUGGGAGAAUAACGGAAGGCUGUACAGUCUCCUGAACUCCGGCUCGGAGUACAUCCCGGCGGGCCACGUAAGAGCCGAGAGUAGCGCCAGAGUGAUGUUGGCCGAUGCCGCCACCAAUCAAGGACAACGGACUGCAGGCAACACUCGGCGGCAAGCACCAACCUUACCCAUCAGGUCAGGAUCUGAUACGGUCCGUGGACAAACUAGGCACCCCUUCGGCUUUGGGCAGGUCCCAGAGAACUGGAGAGAAGGAACCGCCGGAGAGAGCAAUUCCAACUUCCAUCGUCCAUGGUCCGCCACUCCUCGUCAGCGGCAGGUGGGCGCUGCAUCCUCUUCGUACGUCGCGUUUGGACAGCUCUACCCGCAGGGCUCCUACCCUCAGCCCCCUUACGCCAACCAGUACGAGACCUACGACCCGCAGGGGGCCCGGGUGUACGAUGAGAGCCACAAUUACUACCGCACCACUGGGACGUGGGGCGGCGCUGUGGCCGCCGCAUCAGCCAGCGCUGGAGUGGUGAACCCGUUUCAACCCAGAGUGAGGUACGAAGAGUAUGCAGAGGAGCAGAAUCCCUACCAAGCUCAACCUUACGCCCCUGUCCAGGAGAGGCCCUACGUGCCUCCCGCCCAACAGCUCCCGUCUCCGGAUGGCUUAGACAGACGGUAUUCCCACAGCCUCUACCACGACACUGGAACUAGCUUUGACCAAAAUGUCCCAGAUUCCUACCCGUCCACUCAGAACCAGGGCCAAGGAGUCCCCCUCACAGAUAACUUGCAUGUCCGCUCCGGAUCGCCUGCCAAUGCUGGUCCCGGCUACAGCAACGAGCCAUGGGCGAGGCAGUAUCCUCCCUUCGGGCAGGUUCCCGAAGAGCCUUACGUUCCUGCUCACAACGUGGAACCCCAGCCUCCUUUCCGGCCCUUAGACCCCCAUGGGGUCCCUCGGCCUGAGCCCUACCUUCCUAUCCGGAAUUCCGAAACUCCCCAGUUGAUUCCAGACAACCAAGGAGUCAACCAAGGCCGCGUGAGCGUGGGCAGCGUCUACAGACCAAAUCAGAACGGACGCGGGCUCCCUGAUCUUGUGCCGGAUCCAAAUUAUGUCCAAGCAUCCACUUACGUUCAGAGAGCUCACCUCUACUCACUCCGUUGCGCAGCUGAAGAGAAGUGCCUCGCAAG